UCAUCCAACACCACGCCAUGACGCUUCCCGCUUGCCAGCCAUGUCCAAGACACUGCAGGCCGCCCUCCUGAGCCGGAUCCCUCUUAGACCGACACUCAUCGACGCGACUCGUCCGUACUCCCAGCUCCGAAAGCUCCACCUUGCCCCACCUUACCUCCUCGACGACUACAUCCCCCGCUACCAUCUGAUAUCUGCAGCUGAUGCUGCGCGGAAAAGGUCGCAGGCGUAUGCACAUCUGCGUGAGUGCAAUCUCUGUCCGAGACUAUGCGGCGUAAAUAGGUACGAGAAGACGGGGACCUGUCUCAUCGGCGCGGAGACGGUCAAGGUGAACACCAUUGCGCCGCACUUUGGAGAGGAGCCGUGUCUCCAAGGCCACAACGGUAGCGGCAGCGUCUUCUUCAGCGGCUGCAACCUCCGCUGCGUCUUUUGCCAGAACUACGAUAUUGCUCACCAGCGCAAUGGCUUCGAUCUCACCCCCGAAGAACUCGCGCAAUGGUAUAUGAAGCUGCAGGAUGUAGGGCAUGUGCAUAAUAUCAACCUUGUGACGCCAGAGCACGUCGUCCCGCAGGUCGCGUUAUCCAUCCUCCACGCGCGAGAGCUUGGCUUGCAAUUACCGAUCGUCUACAAUACCUCCAGCUUUGAUAGUUUGGAGAGCUUAGAGCUGUUAGACGGGCUCGUCGAUAUAUACUUGCCGGACUUCAAGGUCUGGAAGCCAGAGACGGGGCGCCGGUUGCUGAAGGCUGAUAAUUAUACGGAUACGGCAAUGGAGAGCAUCAAGGCGAUGUAUAAGCAGGUGGGCGAUCUAUGCUUCACUGCUAAUGGGAUUGCCAAGAAGGGCGUGCUCAUCCGGCAUUUGGUUAUGCCGGGGAAAGAGGAUGAGGGAAGAGAGAUUGUGAAAUGGCUAGCGGAGAACGUGUCCAAGGAUGUCAUGCUCCAUAUCAUGGAGCAGUAUUUCCCCCGCGCGCAUGUGGGUAAAAUGAAACGAGGCGGGAAGGGAUCGCGGGUAGUCGAGCCCGGAGAUGUUCAAGCACCCGCUGAAGAUGAGGGCAAAGUUCGCUACGAAGACAUCAAUCGGCCGGUGAGCCUAGAUGAAGUAGCGGGUGUAAGGAAGGCGGCCGAAGAUGCAGGACUGUGGCGAUUUGUAGAGGCGGCGAAACACGGUGGGUUCAAUAUAUGAUGAUGCAGUUGCAUAUCACCUGCAAUCUUAUGCUUUUCCAACUCCAAUUAGCAAGCUUCAUCAGGUACAGGACUUCCGUUUCGUUCCAAUCGGCGUACACCCUAUCGACGCUGUCGGGGGUAACCUCGCGAGUUUACCAAUUGUCCAAAAUGCCGAACUUCGCUCUUAUUCUGAAUGCUGAAAAUACUGUGAGGCUGCCCAGGCGGCGGUGAAUGAGUGUACGGAUUCCUAUGACGAGGCAUUGUAGAUUGAGAUUGUAUUUCUCUCUAAUUGUUUAAUCGCGUCUUGGCAUAUCUUUCUUUGUCCUGUUCUCAAGAAGCAAAAUAUAUGGC